CUCCUGACCUCAGGUGAUCCACCCGCUUCUGCCUCCCAAAGUGCUGGCAUUACAGGCGUGAACCACUGUGUCCAGCCGCAAGUGGGAUUUCUAAGCCAUCAGUCUCAUUUCGAAGUCAAGGUGCUUUUAACUGUGUGAUACUGCCUCUCAGACCCUUUAGUUUACCAAAGGUGCUGAACCUUAAGAAUAAUUUCUGAUGCUUGUUAAAAAUACAGAGCUCCACCUCUAGAGAUUCCUGUGCUAUUGUCUGGAGGAGGGCCCAGAAAUCUAUUUUUAACGAACGCACUGGGUGAUUCUUACUGUAAGGCAAGUUUGGGAAACACCGCCUGUAAGAACUUUGUAGAUUUGCUAGGCCACUGGUAGCUUGGAAGUGAGAUUAUUCCUGAGGAUUCUUGUUUUCUUUUUGUUUAUUGCUUUGAAAUUUGUUAAUUUGGCCUUAAGAGGCCUUUGGGUUAGCUAGCCGUAUGAAUCAUUUCUGGACACUGUUGGCCAGUAAUAGUAGGGGUUUUCCAGGCUGACAAAAUCAGAUCACUGAAGACCUGGCUUAAUGGAUUUAGCUCUUUUAAUCCAGUUGGAUCUCUGUUGUGUGGAAAUUCUGUUAGAAGUGUCCUUGAAAGAUGUGGCGUUUCCACAAGGUUUUGGUCUGUUCCCAGGUGCUUACCGAAUGAGAGAGAGGUGUCUAAUGGCAGCCCUGUCUGAGGUUUUGCUAGGUUUAAAGGCGUGUUUACUUGGUAGGUGCUCCUUCCAAUUCAUAUCUCACCUCUUUGUCUUCUUUUACUGGUUUACGUGAAAGACUAAGCAAAUAUCAAACAGGUUUGUCUUGAUUUAGCCGAGGCUGACAAGUAGGACCCCUGGGGCUUAGGAUGGGCUGGAGAGGGAGUCUCCCCAGUGAACAUCAAACAGAUAGCUCAGGCAGGUAGGGCCUACCUUUGAAGACCUGUAAGUAUUUUCAGUCCCGCUACUGAUUUAUCUGGUCCCACCUCAAGCAGGAUUACAACUAGUCACAGGUAAAGUCAGCAUUAUAGGAUUACUUUAUUCUCCUGUCUGGUAAACACUGAUUUCUAAUUUAUUUUCUUUUAAAUAGAGAACAUAUUUCCCUGUUACAUUUGCUGAGACUUGUUUUAUGGCCCAGAGUAUGGUCUAUCUUGGUAAAUGUUCUGUGAGCCCUUGAGGAGAUUGCCUAUUCUGCUGUUGCCGGAUCAAGUGUUCUGUAACUUUCAAUUCAGGCAGGUUGGUUUGUAAUGUUCAAGUCUUCUGUGUCCUUACUGAUUUUUGGUCUUCUGUUCUUUCAGUUAUUGAGAGAGGGACAUUGACACUUCUGAUUAUAAUUGUGGAUUUCUCCAUUUCCCCUGGUAGUUUUAUCGGUUUGUGUUUCACAUGUUUCGAAGCUCCGUUGUUAAUUGCACAAACCUUUAUGAGUAUUAUAUUCCAUGUAUGAAUUGACCUUCUUUGUUGUAUUGUAUUAGGCUGUUUUGCGUUGCUAUAAAGAAAUACCUGAAGCAGACGAUUUAUAAAGAAAAGAGAUUCAUUUGGCUCACGGUUCUACACGCUGUACAAGAAACAUUGCAUCAGCAUCUGCUUCUGGUGAGGACUCAGGAAGCUUUUACUCGUGGCAGAAGGUGAAAGGGGAACAGGGAAGGAUGGAGACGCUGAAGGAUAAGACCCUGCAGGAGCUGGAGGAGUUGCAGAAUGACUCGGAGGCGAUUGACCAGCUGGCCCUGGAGUCCCCUGAGGUCCAGGACCUGCAGCUGGAACGGGAGAUGGCACUGGCCACCAACCGGAGCCUGGCGGAGCAGAACUUGGAGUUCCAGGGCCCCCUGGAGAUCAGCCGCUCAAACCUCUCAGAUAAAUACCAGGAGCUCCGGAAGCUUGUGGAGCGGUGCCAGGAGCAGAAGGCAAAGCUGGAGAAAUUUUCUUCAGCACUGCAGCCAGGGACCUUGUUAGACCUUCUGCAGGUGGAAGGCAUGAAGAUUGAAGAAGAGUCCGAGGCCAUGGCUGAGAAGUUCCUGGAGGGCGAGGUGCCCCUGGAAACGUUCCUGGAGAAUUUUUCCUCCAUGAGGAUGCUGUCCCACCUGCGCCGGGUUCGCGUGGAAAAGCUCCAGGAAGUGGUGAGGAAGCCCAGGGCUUCCCAGGAGCUGGCCGGCGAUGCCCCCCCACCCCGCCCGCCACCCCCGGCGCGCCCAGUCCCCCAGGCAACGCCGCCUGUGGUUGAAGAGCAGCCGCAGCCACCAUCAGCCAUGCCUCCCUACCCUUUGCCCUACAGCCCGUCCCCCAGCCUGCCUGUGGGCCCCACUGCCCAUGGAGCCCUGCCACCGGCCCCUUUCCCGGUGGUGUCCCAGCCCUCCUUCUACAGCGGGCCUCUGGGCCCCACUUACCCGGCAGCCCAGCCUGGACCCAGGGGUGCCGUGGGUUACUCCUGGUCCCCACAGAGGAGCACGCCACCCCGGUCGGGCUAUCCUGGGACCCCGACUGGCACCUCUGGGCCUGGGUACCCCUUGGCGGGAGGCAGGGCCCCCAGUCCUGGUUAUCCUCAACAGUCUCCAUACCCUGCAACAGGAGGAAAACCUCCCUACCCAAUACAGCCCCAGCUCCCCAGCUUCCCAGGCCAGCCCCAGCCCUCAUUGCCCCCGCAGCCCCCUUAUCCCCCCGGGCCCGCCCCUCCCUAUGGGUUUCCACCGCCCCCGGGGCCUGCCUGGCCUGGGUAUUAGCCGUACUCCUGGCCCUCGGCCCCUCCCGAGUCCCACCCACGCUCAACCUUUGGCCCAGCCAUCGCCGAGAUUCGAGGGUCAACUGGAGGUGGCGUUGGUGCUCCCUGUGGACUUGCGUUGGCACCCAGAGGCCUUGGAGGGACAAGGCACUGGGCAGUGUGACUGGUCACGGCACUUGCCCUCUGGCCGGAGGUCCUCCUAGAAGCCCCUACUUUCAGUGCCUGGCUGCAGCGGUGCUAGCCAGGCUGGCAUCCGGCACCUCUCGCCGGUGUCUGUGUGAGUGAGCGUGUGCGCACAUUUAUGAGCAUCUACUUGCGGCUGCACUCAGGGCCAUCUGAACCCAGUGCAGAGUUAUCUCGAUGAGGAGGCCCCGGGUCUCCAGCCCCUCCGGCUCCUCUGGGGUUUGGCGUAUUUGACGUGGAGCCCCAUGCCAAGGGAUGCAGCUGUUGGUGUCUGUCCAGUCCAUUCAAGGCUAGCCUGCCCACGCACUGUGGCAGGGGUUGGAUUGGAGGGAGAGAACAGAGUUGGGAAAAACAACAGGUUUGAGUCCUAUAAAGCCAUAAUUUAACUCCAGUACCUGAUGUCAGACAAGCUUGUCCUGUGUCCUGUUUGAGUGGUGGCAGCGCCAGCGCAGCAAGAAGGCUGGGGGUCGUGAAGAUUGUCCCCAGACCUUGCUUGCACUAUUUGGAGAACCCAGGGGGCUGCCUUGGGCCCUCUGGCCAGAGGGAAGGGAGCAGCUCUAGCCCUGGAGAUUGUGGUCACAUUGGGGCUCGUUUAGGAGUGGAGGGCCAGGUCACCUCCCCAGCCACCCUUCUCUCCUCUGGGACCCCCCACUUUAGGGUGACUUUGCCCGAGGCCUAUGCAUCCAUCCACUCCUUUAGUGCCUUGAAUCUCAUUCACAAGCAGCCCCCUCCCUUUCCCUCCCCUGCCCCUGACUCCUUUGAUGUAAUCCUCCCACCCCCAGUGUCCAUCCUAAGGCAUCAAAAGAGGCCCUAACGUAACUUCCCAAAUGGUGCUUUUUAAAAAACACCAUCACUACAUAGGGGCAGUUUUUUCGCACCUCCCUGUCUUCAGAAUGUAAAGGGUGGGGAUUAUGGCUCUGUGUAAUAUGCAGCCCCCUGCACUGUGGGGUUUGGGGCAUGUUCAGUAAUCAGAAUGAAGACAAUAGACAAAGGGGUGUGAUGAGUGUUAACUUGGUUGUUCCAGAGGUAAACCAGGUCUCAGGGAAGAGCCUGGAGCUGCUAUUGCUUAGGAAGUUGUACGUGCCUUGAAAUGUCCACUACCUGAGGACCCAGCGUCUGGUGGGCCCGGGGCUGCUGGGGCCAAGGAGGGACCUUGACCUUCUGGUGCCUGCCCCUCCCCGGCCUACGUGCCAUCUGCGUGACGCUCGGUCAGCGGUGCCGGUUCUUUACCAAAUGUGCUUGCUUCUCCUAAGUUAUUUAUAAAGAGAAAUCACUAAUGGACUCUACUGGUUUGAGUGCUUCUGAGCUGGAUGACCGACCGCCUGUAUGUUUGUGUAAUUAAUUGCCAUAAUAAACUUUGAUGAGUCACA